GCGGAAUCUACACCUCCGUCCGCGGUAGCAACUGAAGAACUGCAGGAGACAAUCUUUCUGGACUCGGCGCAGGCGGAGGGAGUGCUUGCAGGGUGGCCGGCCUGGUGCAGUGUGCACCGUGGGGACGCUGCUGCGCGUGGAAGCUACUGCCCAGAAGAGAAGAUGUUUGGUUUUCACAAGCCAAAGAUGUACCGAAGUAUAGAGGGCUGCUGCAUCUGCAGAGCCAAGUCCUCGAGCUCCCGGUUCACGGACAGCAAGCGCUAUGAGAAGGACUUCCAGAGCUGCUUUGGGUUGCAUGAGACUCGCUCAGGAGACAUCUGCAAUGCCUGUGUGCUGCUUGUGAAACGAUGGAAGAAGUUGCCAGCAGGAUCAAAGAAAAACUGGAACCAUGUGGUGGACGCAAGAGCAGGACCCAGUCUAAAGACAACACUGAAACCAAAGAAAGUGAAAACCCUGUCUGGAAACCGGAUGAAAAGCAACCAGAUCAGUAAACUGCAGAAGGAAUUUAAACGCCACAAUUCUGAUGCCCACAGCACCACCUCAAGUGCCUCUCCCGCCCAGUCUCCAUGCUACAGUAACCAGUCAGAUGAUGGCUCAGACACGGAGAUGGCUCCCAGCUCUGACAGAGCUCCAGUCUUUUCCUUCUUAGAUCUCACCUACUGGAAAAGACAGAAAAUAUGCUGUGGCAUCAUCUAUAAGGGCCGUUUUGGGGAAGUCCUCAUCGACACGCACCUCUUCAAGCCCUGCUGCAGCAGUAAGAAAGCCACUGCCCAGAAGCCCGAGGAGCCGGAGCCGGCGCCUCUGCCGAUCUCCACUCAGCAGUGGUGACUGAGGUUCACGUAGAGGG